GUGGGGGGACUUGCAGAGGCACCGAACGGGUUCCCUUCCUAGAGAGGCCCCCGGGCACUUCCGGUUCUUUCCCCGUCCGGGUUUCUGUUGCGAUUGUUGGGGGGCUCUUUCCGGCUGAGGUGGGGAAGCAGGAGGCUGUUGCAAGAGGGCGCCCGCGGGCGCGUCCUGUUUUAAGGCUGGGAUGCAAAGGGGGAGAAGGGAGCCCAAGAGCCAAACUAGACGGUUAUAGAGGUGCAGAUGACAGACUCAAUAAUUCCUCCGUAGACCAGAGCAGAGCAGAGCGGACCAGAGGAGCAGACCAGACCACAACACAACACAACACACCUGACAGGACAGGACAGGACAGGACAGGAUAACACAGUUGGAUUAUACCCUUAAAGAGAAAGCCAGUUUUAAAAAGAUGCCCUUGGAGAAGACAUGACAGCUGCCUCCCUUUAACCCGCAAGGAAGAUGCAGCCUUUCUCCCCUCUUUGCCUGAGCACCUGCGUUGCACAUGGAAUCCACCAGAGGGCUCCCUCUGCCAAGCCAAGGAAACACAGUGCGCUUCACGAUUGGGCCGCUAGAGGGCUGGAAGGCCACAGCUGGCUUUCCAGAGAAGGAGGCGAAGGAGAGAAGGGAAUGACAUCACAAAGCUUCGCCUCUCUAGGACGCUGCACUCUCUCUCCAUCACCCUUUGAGCUUUGCUGCAGAUACACAAACUGAAGCCAUUUGCUCUCUUCGUGUAGAGAUAAAGUUAUCUAUUGGCUGAAGAGGGCUGAAUGCCCAACUAUCAACAUAGCUGCAGCAGCAGAACCAGUGCUUUGAAUGAAAAAUUGUUUGGAGAGCCACAAGAUUCCUUGGACCCAUUUGGUGUUGUGUUACAGGACAGAGAGAAAGAAAGAAUGGAGACGCAACCUUCAGCAAGGGAGGGAACUGGAAGAACUGGUUGUUUUGCUGUUCAGCCUGGGAACUGCAGGGAGGUCUGGCCAAGAACUGGGCAGAAGAUCCUGGAGAAGGAAACUAUUGUCCCUUCAGACGUUCAGCCCUGGAACUUCAGGAGCGUCCAAUACCAGCCUUCUGAGGAUCCCCGAGGACUUUGCAGCCGACUCCACAACUUUUGUAAUCAAUGGUUCAAAGCAGAAAAGCACACCAAAGCCCAGAUGCUGGACCUGGUUGUUCUGGAGCAGUUCCUGGCUCUUCUGCCCCUGAAGAUGGAGAAGUGGGUGCGGGAGUGUGGAGCAGAGACCAGCUCCCAGGCGGUGGCCCUGGUGGAAGGCCUUUUCCUGGGCCAGACGGAGGAGCAGAAGGAGGAGCAGUCCUUCACAAUGGACAUCAGAAAUCCUGAGGAAAGCAGGAAUCCAUCAAAUCCCUUUCAAGAGCUGUUUCUGAGGAGCACUUCUCUGGCAGAUCCAAGUCAGGAUAUUUUGGGAGGGAAGACUCAGUUGGAGUUGUCUGCUCUUUAUGGUGCAGCUGAAACAGUGGUUGAACCUCCAACUCAAGAGGGCCUUGUGUCCUUCAAGGAGGUGGCUGUGUAUUUCUCAGAGGAGGAGUGGUCUGAGCUGGAUCCAGACCAAAAAGCACUCCAUUGGGAAGUCAUGAUGGAAAAUUAUAGGAAUGUAGCCUCGCUGGAGGAUGAAUGGGAGAUGCUGGGUUCCAUCCGCGAAGCAGCAGCACCAUUGCCAAAAGAUAAGAUGAAAGAUGAUGCAGAGACAUUUUUUGGAAAGCAAAGUUCUGAGGAAAAACAGUUAAAGGGGGAGCUGGGAAAAUACUCUACUUUACCAUACGUAGAUAUCAGUGACUUCUUGGGUAAAGAUGAUCACCCAGAAAAAGAGGCUUGGCCCGAGUGUGGGAAAAUACCCAUGGAUGAAUCAGGAUUAUGCGACUGCUGCAGAAACCACACUGUAGGGAAACAAAACGAACGUGGGAAACGUUCCAGAAGGACCUUCUCAGUUACUUUGGGUCAGAGAAUACAAGGAGAGAAACCGUAUAAAUGUUUGGAAUGUGGAAAAAGCUUCAGGGAUUCGAGUUAUCUUAUUUCCCAUAAAAGGAUCCACACGGGAGAAAAACCUUACGAAUGCAAGGAAUGUGGAAAGAGCUUCCGUUUUGCGCAAAGCCUCACAUCCCACAAUAAGAUUCACACAGGCGAGAAACCCUAUGAAUGCCCCAAGUGUGGAAAAACCUUCAGUCAAAAAUAUCAGUAUACCGUACAUAACCGAAACCACACCGGAGAGAAACCAUAUAAAUGCACGGAUUGUGGGAAACGCUUCACUAAUUCAAGUUGUCUCACUUCCCAUAAAAGGAUUCACACCGGGGAAAAACCAUAUAAAUGCCCAGAGUGCGGAAAGAGUUUCAGAGCUUCAAGUUCUCUUACUGCCCACAAAAUGAUCCACACUGGGGAGAAACCCUAUCAAUGCAAGAACUGCGCGAAGAGUUUCAGACAAAAAUGUCAAUAUAUUGUACACAACAGAAUCCACACUGGGGAGAAACCGUAUAAAUGCUUGGAGUGUGGGAAAAGUUUCCGUUCAGCAAAACACCUCCCUUCCCAUAAAAGGAUCCACACCGGGGAGAAACCGUUUGCAUGCAAGGAAUGUGGAAAGACCUUUAGUGAAAAGCAUCAUUUUACUGAACAUAACCGAAUCCACACUGGGGAGAAACCCUAUAAAUGCGCGGAGUGCGGAAGAUGUUUCACUGUGUCAAGUUCCCUCACUUCCCAUCAAAGGAUCCACACUGGGAAAAAAUCAUACAUCUGUCUGGUGUGUGGAAAGGGAUUUACUCAACAUCAGUCCCUUUAUGAACAUAGAAAAAUUCACUCAAGGGAAACGCGUAAAAAGAAACAGAGUAGAACAUGGUACCUUCUGUCCUUUGUUUUUGCCAUUCGUGAGAUCAACCGGAAUCCCCAUGUUUUGCCCAAUAUCACCCUGGGCUAUGACAUCUACGAGAACUAUUAUGAACCAGGACUGACCGCCGAUGCCCUGAUGGACUUGCUCUCCACCGGACAGGCAAAUGUUCCAAACUACAUUUGUGGAAGAGAGAAGAGGCUGCUGGCUGUGAUUGAAGGGACCGAGUCCGACAUUUCCAAGCAGAUUUCCACCAUGUUGAAUCUCUACAAGAUGCCACAGGUCAGUUAUGGUUUUGUGUCUGAAACUCUGAAUGAUAAAACCCAGUUCCCAUUUAUCUACCGGAUGGUCCCCAAAGAAGAAUACUUGUAUUGGGGAAUUGCCAAAGUGCUCCACCAUUUCGGAUGGAACUGGCUUCAUCCUUUCCUGGGAGAUUCCCACUUCUACAAUACUUGCAUGGGUGGAGUGUAUCUGGAUGGGAAAGGGGACCUCGCUGCCAAAUUUGAUGCCAUGAACUGGGUGCUCUUUCCUAAUAAGUCCUUUCGGGCUGUGCAGUUUGGGUGGAUAGACAGACCAUGGAGGUCCAAAGAGCUGGAUUUCAUUCUUGACCAGGAGGCCGUGAAUUGGACCCAGCGGUUUAACCAGGUUCUCGAGAAAGGAUCCCUAGUAGCACACCAGACUUUUGAGAAAGGAGUAUGUGUCUGGGUGUCCUUUGUGCCCGCCUACCUGAGUACCAAAGGGAAGUAUAUGGUGGCUGUGCAGGUCUUCUCCAUCUUGGCCUCCAGUACUGGAUUGUUGGGCUGUAUCUUCAUCCCCAAGUGCUACAUUAUCAUUCUGAGGCCAGAUCUGAAUACAAAGGAGCAUCUAACGGCAAACAGCAGUGCGAUAAUUCAAGAAAAGGCCAUAUUGAAGAUCCAGAAUGAAGAAACAGUCAGUUUCCAUGCAAAUAGACAACCUUUUAGGGAGCUCAGUUAUCAGGAUGCUGAGGGCCCCCGAGGACUCUGCAGCCGCCUGCAUCACUUUUGCAAUCGAUGGCUGAAUCCAGAAAAGCACACAAAAGCCCAGAUACUGGACAUGGUGGUCCUGGAGCAGUUCCUAGCCAUUAUGCCACCGCAAAUGGGGAACUGGGUGCGAGAAUGCGAACCUGAGACCAGUUCCCAGGCAGUGGCCCUGGCUGAAGGAUUCCUCCUAAACCAGGCAGAGGAGAAGGACCAAGGAGAGAUGCAGGAUCCCAUAUCCUUCAAGGAGUUGUUUGUCUUCUUCACCAAGGAGGAGUGGGACCUGCUUGAUCCCAAACAGAAAGCUUUGCAUGGGGAAGUCAUGCUGGAGACCUCCUGGAAUGUAGCUUCUCUGUAUAAUGAGCGAAAGAAUGAGAUUUACCAGGAACCAGAAGACAAGCCUUUACAGGUUUUUAAGGUUAAAAACAAUCGAACUUCACUCAACCAUGUGAAUGGACACAGGAAAGGAACCGGUAUGAUCAGAAUUCCCCAUCUUAUUGGGGGGAUGAGAUGGAGAAAAAAAAUAUUAGAAUGUAAGGAUUAUGAAAACAACUUCAACUACCUCCACAAGCCUAUUUCCCAUGAAAUGAACCACAUCGAAGAUAAUCCAUACAAAUGUAUAGUUUGUGGAAGGAGCUUUGCAAGGAAUGAUAGACUUAUCACCCAUUUAAGAAGUCAUACAGGGGAGAAACCAUACAAAUGCACAGAGUGUGGAAAGUGCUUCACAAGGAACGAUAAACUUAUCGCACACAUUAGAGUUCACACAGGGGAGAAGCCAUAUAAAUGCACAGAGUGUGGAAAGAGCUUCACAAGGAAUGACAAACUUGUCAACCAUAUCAGAAUCCACACAGGGGAGAAACCAUAUGAAUGCUCAGAAUGUGGAAAGAGAUUUACAAAGAGUACAGAUCUUACUGCCCAUAAAAGGAUCCACACAGGGGAGAAACCCUAUAAAUGCAAAGAGUGUGGAAAGAGCUACAGUCACUCUAGUAAUCUGAGUACUCAUAAGAGUAUCCACAAAAAGGAGAAACCGCAUAAAUGCACGGAUUGUGGAAAGAGCUUCAUAAGGAGCACAGAUCUUACUUCCCAUAAAAGAAUCCACACAGGAGAGAAACCACAUCAGUGCAAGGAGUGCAGAAAGAGCUUCACUCACUAUAAUACACUUACUUCCCAUAAAACCAUCCACACAGGAGAGAAAUCAUAUAAAUGUGUGGAAUGUGGAAAGAGCUUCAGAACAAACAGUUCUUUAACUUCCCACAAAAGGAUCCACACAGGCGAGAAGCCGUAUAAAUGCAUAGAAUGUGGAAGUAGCUUCAGGACAAGCAGUUAUCUUACUUCCCAUAAAAGAAUUCACACGGGGGAAAAACCCUAUCAAUGCCCGGACUGUGGAAAGAGCUUCAAUCUUUCUAGCACCUUUGCUUUCCAUAAAGCGGUCCAUACAGGGGAGAAACCGUAUCAGUGCAUGGACUGUGGGAAGAGCUUCAAUCAUCCUAGCACCCUCACUUCCCACAAAAGGACCCACACAGGAGAGAAACCCUAUCAAUGCACAGAGUGUGGAAAGAGUUUCAGUCAUCCUAGCACCCUCACUUCCCACAAAAGGAUCCACACAGGAGAAAAACCCUAUCACUGUGUAGAGUGUGGAAAGAGUUUCAACCACUCCAGCAAUCUUGCUUCCCAUGAAAGAAUCCACACAGGGGAGAAGCCAUUUAAAUGUAUGGAAUGUGGUAAGAGUUUUACUCAGAGUAGUCACCUUACUUCCCAUAUAAGGAUCCACACAGGGGAGAAGCCUUUUAAAUGCUUGCAAUGUGGAAAGAGCUUUACUCAAAAUAGUCACCUUACUUACCAUAAAAGGCUUCACUCAGGGGAGAAACCGUAUAAAUGCACCGAGUGUGGAAAGAGCUUUGCUGAUUCCAGUUCCCUUCUUGUGCAUAAAAGGAUCCACACCGGAGAGAGACCUUACAAAUGCACGGAAUGUGGCAAGAGCUUCACCCUGAGUAGUCACCUUACUUCCCAUAAAAGGAUCCACACAGGAGAGAAACCAUUUCAGUGUGUGGAAUGUGGAAAGAGCUUUAGAACAAAGGGUUCUCUUAAAUUUCAUAAAAAGAUCCAUACAGCGGAAAGACCGUAUAUAUGCAUGGAAUGCGGAAAGAGCUUCAAGCGGAUUGCUGAUCUAACUCGACAUGACAGAACACAUGAAAAGAAGUUCCAUACAAAUCUACCAGGCGUGGUAAAAGCUUCCAUAACAGCAGAUACCUUGCUUUGUGUGAAAGUAGAACAGCCAUUUGAAUGCAGACAGUGUGGGGAUGAGCUUCCCGUUGAUUAUGUUGACUAAUUAUUAAUAAAGGAGAGUAUUUUUUAAAUUUUAAUAAUUAAUAAAGGAAACGACCAUAUUUUUCAGACUAUAAGACACACCUUUCCCCCCCCCCCAAAAGAGGUGAAAAUUUGGGUGCGUCCCGCCCAGCUUCUCAAAUGGAGGUUUCAGAGGCUAAAAAAAACAUCAGAAACGAAGCUUCAGAAAAAAAGCCUUCAAACAGAGCUUCAGAAUAAAAGCAUCAGAAACAGAGGCUUUUUUUCUGAAGCUCUGUUUCAGAGGCAGAAAAAAAAAACAAGGCACAGAGCUCACAACCAAUAAACCUGUUGCUAAAAUUCACCUCUCAGAACAGCUGAUUGGGGGUAUUCCAGGAGGCCAAUCCUAUACUCCAAAAAAUAGGUAAUUAUAAGCAAUGAAGUGUGUCAGCUCUUAGCAACCACAGAUGGAUUUUCUCCAUUCGAGCCUGUCCUGAGGUUUGGAUAUUAAUCACCACAAAGAAUUCCUACAAAGGAAAUGCUGUAUAAAUUCAGCAUUCACUGAAAAAAUUCAAUGAAAACAUUUCUCCUUUUUUUCUUUUUAUGAACCUGUAAUCCUUUUUUCGGGGUGGAGUCGAGGUGACUGAAUGGACUGAGCAUUUAACUGCCUGGAUGCCCUUCCUGAUGCCUACAUGGAAUUCACAGCAGAUAUUUUCUCUGUGCACCCUGAUAGAGAAAUAACUGCCACUACCUAGGAUUGAACUCUCAGCCUUCUGAGAGGAGGUGAGCAUCUUCGCCUCUAGGCCACCAUGCUAGUGACAUCAUUUCUUUUACUUCCCAUAAAAAGUUUCACACAGAAGAGAUGUCUUAAAUGUCUGGAAUGUGGAAAAAGCUUCAGAAGAGUAAUCUUAAUGCCUGUAAGAAGGAUCCACAGAGGGGAGAACCCAUAUAAAUGGAGUUAAUGUGGAAAGUGCUUCAGUAUUAACAGAUUACAGGCAGUCCUCAAUUUAUAACAAUUUGUUUAGCGACUAUCCGAAGUACCACAGCACUGAAAAAAGUGACUUAAAACCAGAUCUCAUACUUAUAGCUAUUACAGUAGCCACAUGAUCACAUGAUCAAAAUUUGGGGGUAGGCAACUAGUAUGUAUUUAUGAUAGUUGCAGUGUUUUGGAGUCACGUGAUUACUAUUUAUGACCUUCCCAGCUGGCCUCUGACAAGCAAAGUCAGUGGGGGAAUCAGGAUGAAUGAUGAUAUGAUUCAUUCAAUAACUGCAGAUUCGCUUAAUAACUGUGACAAAAGUUGUAAAAUCAGGCGCAACUCAACAACUGCUUUGCUUAGCAAUAGAAAUUCUGAUCCUAAUGGUGGUCAUAAGUCAAGGACUUAUCUGUAUAUAUGAAAAUAAAGGCCAAGAGGGAAGAAACCACACAAACAGUGGAGUGUGGAUAUAGCUUUGUUCAUUGCAGUAACCUGAUUUCCCAUAAAUGAACCCACAUGGAAAAGAAAUUCUGAAGUAUGGAAAGUGCUUCAGAUGAACUUUAAUUUUACAUGAACUCAAAAACAAACAAAAACCAGGAGGAGACUGCAUACUACAAACAUCUACUAACUACUAUCUAUUUAAAAAAAUCUACUAACUUCUAACACCUUGGACUACACCUGAUCUUUGAUGGUGAGGCAGAUAAGUUGACUUUAGAAAUUGAAUGGAUCCAGAACACAGUUUAAUUUUAAUUUCCUUUUAUUUAUCGUUCAUUUGUCAAAAUUAAAUGAAAGGGUCCUAAAGAAUUAAAAAUAACAACUUGGUGGAUUUUACGGAAUGGUGGUUGAAUUUUGCUACAAAUAUUAAAGGUAGGUGGGAUGGGAAUGUUCAGUAUUUCUGAUUAUAUUUUUAAAGGUGUUACUUAUUACUACUUCAUUGGCAAUUAGUGUUCUUUGAAACUAAGCAGAUUCCAUCCUGGUUAUUGGUAAUUUUUGAUGGGCCUGGAAGAAAUUCUCGUGUUGUCGGGAGAACGAUUCCCAGGUUGCUAAGAAAAAAAAUACGAAUACAAUCAAUAAUUGAUGAGAUCAACUUAUCUUUAAUUAUGUUUUACAUUGUUUCAUUUGUAGUUAUUUGUGUAUUGCAGAUUGAUUUUUCUAUAAAACGAUGGUUACGUGUUCACAGUGUUUAAAAUCUAAUUCAGUCAGACUGCUUAGGAACUCAAGUUUUGUUCCCUAAAAGAUUAUGAAGAGGGAACCUAUACAUGGUGUAGGGCUCUAUAGUUUUUCUUUUAUUGUGUGUACUACCUUUCAAGCAGGAAAUGCCACCAUUUUCAGGAGGGGCUUUUCAUUUUUUCAUUGAUACGCUAUUAAAUUCAUGUUGAUUCUUCGUGACCACAUACUUUGUUUUUCGAUUGGUGAUCUGUCCCUAAUGAAGUCUUUCAGAUCUCAUUUUUAUGAGUAAUUGAUGUACAAUUUUCUGCUUUUUGGGAGGGCAGUCUUUUCUUCCCCCCUCUUUUUUUUUUUUUUUUUUUGGAUGAUGGAUUCUGAUAGGUGCUAACAAAGCACUAAGCAUUAAACUGACCUAGUUUGUGGUUGAUAUUGAUAUAGACCAUAGUGAAAAUCAAGUUACGAUGAGAUGUUCCCACUUGUUGAAUGGCAUGUACUUGGUAGUACAGUGGUUUAAGGCACCCUGUUAUUAAGCUGGUUAUUAAGACCAGCUGCCUGCAAUUACUGCAGGGUUUGAAUCUCGCCAAGGCUCAAGGUUGACUCAGCCUUCCAUCCUUUCUAAGGUAGGUAAAUUGAGGACCCAGUUGUGGGGGCAAUAAGCUGACUUUGUAUAAAUAUACAAAAGUAUGAAGGCUAUUGCUGAGCACAUUGUAAGACGCCCUGAGUCUUCGGAGAAGGGCGGCAUAUAAAUCAAAUUGAUAUAUAUAUAUAAGAAAAUAUAAAGUGAGGAGCAUUGAAACAAAAAAAAAUCAUAAUUUGACAUAGAUGCUAAUUGGACCAGAUCUGUCUGUAUCUAAUCAGGAGAAAGAUCUUGGCAUGUGGAGAUUCAACAGAGAAUUAUACCUUUUUGUGGUAGUUGUGAAAACAAUGCCAUUUACCUAGAGCCUGGAAGCAUGCCUUCUCUGUCUUGGCAGAUACAAAGCACUAAACCAGGGGUCGGCAACCUUAAACACUCAAAGAGCCACAAAGGUCCUAACUGGAAGCUCCCCGUUCAAUUCUGGAGCCGACCGGAAGUCCAAUUCCCCCACCAUAGGGUCUCAUCUUAGUACGGUGUCCUUUUUCCUCUUUCUGUCCUAACCGAAAGUCCAUCAAUUGUGGAGCCACAGCAGAGGGAUGAAAGAGCCACAUGCGGCUCCAGAGCUGCGGGUUGCUGACCCCUGCACUAAGCAGUGGGCUGACCUGGUCUGUGGUUGAUAGUAAAGUGGAAUUUUGAGAUUGCCAAUAAUUUUAUGCAAUUCCAGAAACAAUAUAAGAAAGCUUGAAAAUUUGCAGAAGAGUGCAAAAUGAUCCAGAGUCUUGAACAUCUUCCUUAAGCUAGAAUUUUGUGGGCUCUAGCUUUAAAAAGGGAUCUUAGAUGGGACAUGAUUGAGGUAUAUAACCGCUUGGCAUUUUCUUUGCAGACUUUUCAUGAUCUUGCCCAAUAACCUCAUCAGUGUUCUGAUAUGGAGGAGGUUUAUUAGUUUCUGGAGCAGGAUGGUGCAUGUAUCCGGGCUAGGGGGUAAAGAAGGCCUAUAUUUCUUGAAUGAGCAAUAUGUUUAAUGUACAUUAAAAAAUACAAAGCAGCUAUUCCAUGCAGGCGGUGGUAGAAAAAAAAUCACUGCAGCAAACUGUCUUUCUCUAAUAGAAAGACAGCAGACGUGAUUUUUUAAAAAAGUGAAAUGGUGAAAAAAGUGAAAACUUGAAAAAGAAACCUUAAGAAUGUGCUAAGGUUGAAACAAUAAAAGCAAUUGUGAUGGCUUUGCGUAGCUUAGCAACUGAGUUGUUGGUCCUAAUUGUAGUUGAUAAAUGAUUGAUAAAUGAGAGCUACCUGUAAUGAAACAUUGCUAAUUUCUUGCUAUCGCAUGGUAGGAAUUGCGAUUCAAACAGUUACAACCUAUAGUAAAGGUAAAACUCCUUAUGACAUGGAAUGCAUGUACAGUUUCCUUGGUCAAUAUAUAACUGCCGUUGCCAAAUCUAGAAUUUUUAUUUUAUUUUGUGUUCUAGCACCGGGAUUUCUUGGUGCUCGAGAGGCCUAGGAGAUCAUCUAGUCUGACAUGUACUUGGUUCAGAGUCCAUUAGAGUAUUUCUCCCAGAUGACCAUGCUGCCUCUGAAGACCUCCAAUAAAGUCUCCACCACUUCAUGUGUCAGCAGCCUGUUUUUACUGCUGACAAUUUAUAUAGUUAGUAUGAUCUUCCUAAUAUUGAGCCUUAAAUUCUUCCCUUCUAGCUUUAAUUCAGUUCCAGGCAAAAGAGAAUGCAGGUGGUCCUUGUUUAAUGACCAGUUGCUCAGCAAUUGUUUGAACUUGCAACAGCGUUGGAUGAAUUGGAUGAAGCUCCAAUUGUUACAGUAUUCCCACAGUCAUAGAAUUGCAAUUUGCGACAUUCUCACCUGGCUUCCCCAAGCAAAGUCACUGGGGAAGUCAGCAAGAAAUCGUCAUGAUCACAUAAAGGUCCUCGUGUAAUGACAUAACUGGAGACUGCCAGAACUAUUGUACCUAUGCAGCGCGGUCCUAUGAUGUCAUGCUUUACAGUUACAUUGCUUAGCAAAAGAAAUCCCAGUCCCAAUUAUUGUUAAGUGAGAACUACGUGCAAGUCCGUUAUGGAACAGUCUUUAAAAUAUUUGAAGACAGCUAUUGUACAGCCCCUAGGUCUUUUCACAAAUACACACAGUUUUUAACCAUUCUUCAUAAAGCAUUUGGUUCCCAGAUCCCUCAUUAAUCAUGAUUCCUCCUCUGAAAUUGCUAUAGUUAGUCCCUGUUCUUUUGGAAGUGUGCUGACCAGAACUGGAUACAAGACUCCAAAUGAGGCAUUACCAGGACAGAACAGAAUUAAGAGUACAUCCUGUGAGUUAGGCUCUCUUCUCCACUUACUGUAUUUCAAAAUAAUGUUUGCCUUUUUAAUGGUUGCAUUGUGCUGCUAAUUGUAUUUAUUUAUGUUGAGAUCAAUAAAAACAUUUCCCUUCGAAAGUAGAA